AUGUUUAUAUUUAUAGUAUUUGUUGUACUUACUAUUGCAACCCAAACAAAUAAAUAUUUAAAAAGUGAAACUGUAUCAACACUAGAAGAUGCAAAACUACCAAUACCAAAAGUUGAAGAAUCACCAUCAGCACCAGGAAAAGUUAUAACACCAUCAGGAGGAGAAACAAACACUAUAACACCAGGAGCACCAGCAACCGUAUCAACAUCAACAGAAUCAUCCCACUCACAAAAAGGAGUAGAAACAACAAAAGGACCAUCACCGCAAGCAGAUUCAACACAUACUGGAGGAGAAUCAGCACAAGCAUCACCAGUGAAAGACACACCACCAGAACCAGAAAAAUCAAAAGAACAAACACGUGACGGGGCAAGCUCAUCACAAACACAAACGUCACAACCAGGUUCAACAGGAGAAUCAACCCAACCAUUACCAACAGGUGCACAACAACCAAGUGUACCACAAACACAAAACACUGUACCAAAUCAAUCAGGUUCAUCACAAUCAACAGAUACAGCAUCAACACAGAAAACAAAUGAACCAACACAACCAAAAAAUACAGAGUCAAAUUCAGCACCACAACCACAAUCAAAAGAUGAAGUACACAAACCUACAGGGUCAUCUGAAUCAACAACAGACUCUGCUCCAAAUACAACACCAGGAAAAGAAAAGUCUCCAUCAGGAGAAUCAGUGCCAAAUUCACAAACAACCCCAUCUUCAGGGACGUCAGGACAAACAAAUACAGUACCAAAUCAAGCAGAAACAUCACCAUCAUCAGACACAACUACAUCACAAAACAAACCACAAACAUCACCUCAAGACACAACACCAUCAGUACCACCAGUACCAACACCAUCAGACAAAUCACAAAAUGGAUCACCAUCAUCACCGGAUGCAACACCAGCAGAAUCAAAUAAAACUUCUGAUAAUUCAACAGAUAAAAAAUCACCAGAAUUAUCAAAUAAAAAUGAAACAACCAAUGGAACAGGAAGUGAUAAAAUGAAUAAACCAGAUGAUAAUGUAAAUGAAACAACCAAUCUUAAUGGCAUAUCUUGCACUUUUAUUAUUCUUUCUAUUGGCAUUACUUUUAUUUUAUUCUAG